UGAAAUUUUCCAGUUUAGUGGGCAGGUUUUCCUGCAAAAUAUGUGUCAUGUACAAUUUGUUGACCUAGGAUAUAAUUAUAAUUCGAAUAGAUGCUACAGUCAUUAACAGUUUUUUAAAUACCGCAUUAAAUUUUACUUAAAAAUUUAGAAAAUAUAUAUAAUUAAUGAAAAUUCCGUCCAAGCAGCAUGUGGAAAGUACGGGAAAUUGCCGACAGAGUUACCAAUGUGGUUAUGAACUAUACAGAAGUUGAAGCAAAAGUUCGAGAAGCAACUAAUGAUGAUGCAUGGGGCCCUACUGGACAGUUAAUGCAAGAAAUAGCCCAAAGUACUUUUACGUAUGAACAUUUUCCUGAGGUAAUGGGCAUGUUAUGGAAGCGGAUGCUGCAUGAUAAAAGAAAUUGGCGUAGAAUAUAUAAGUCUUUAUUAUUAUUAGGUUAUUUAGUGAGGAAUGGUUCAGAAAGGGUUGUCACAAGUGCUAGAGAACAUAUUUAUGAUUUGCGCAGUUUAGAAAAUUAUACUCACAUUGAUGAAUUUGGAAGAGAUCAAGGUAUAAAUGUUCGUCAGAGGACUAGAGACCUUAUUGAAUUUAUUCAAGAUGAUGACAAAUUAAGAGAAGAACGGAAAAAAGCAAAGAAAGCUAAGGAUAAAUAUGUUGGGAUGUCAUCUGAAUCAUUAGGCUUUAGUGGGAAAUAUAAUAGCAGUAAGUUAGGCAGCUCUCUAAACUCAUUUCAUGAAGCAAUAAAGUCUGAUUUUGAGAGAAGUAGGAGUUUUGAAGAUUCACCAGAGCAUAGUAAUGAUGAAGAUCGCAAAUCAGAAAAUGAUGAUCGUUUAGAAUAUAAAGAUGAUGAGGAAGGGGACAUAAAGAAUUUAAAAGUGAAUAGCCGCAAUGAGAAUAAAACUGCUAACAAGAGCAAUCGCAAAAUUGACUUGGGAGCAGCUGCUAACUUUGGAAAAGACCAAAGCUCAAUUCAUUCUACGCCUGAAAAGCCUGUUUCAUUAAUUGACACAUCUCCAAAGAAGAAUUCCACAGAUGAUGAUUUAUUUUCCAGUUUAACAAUAACACCUACUAGUAAUGCAACAGAUUCAGCAAACGGGGACUUUGCAGAUUUUACACAGUUUAAAAGUGCUGAAGAAUCCAAGCAGGAUAGUUUUGCAGAUUUUACUUCCUUUAUGUCAACGACUCAAACCAGUUCUACCACUAGCAGUGAUUCUUUAAGUUUUGUUGAUGUUAACAGUAGUUCAACACCAAACAUUUUUAAUUCAGUGUCACCAUGUCUUCCCCCACUUCAACCUCUUGGUGCUGUCACUGUCUCAUCACCUCUGUCUCCAACAUUCAGUGCCUCCCAGUCUCCAAUGAUAUCACCCGUAGGAAAUGUUUAUCAACCAGUGUUGGGUGCACCAUUAGGUAUGCUGCCAACAGUACCUACCAUUCCACUUGGAACUCCACUGGCUCAACCUGUGAUGAUGCAACCUCAAGUUGGUACCUUACAACCAGCCAACAUGUAUCCUGUGAAUUAUGUUGGCAGUGGCAUGUUUUCCCAACCUUCCUCAUUGCCUAUUGUAUCUACAUCAACAACAGUGCCUGCUCGUACAUCCUUUGGGAGUUUACAGACAUCUAGAAACACAUGGAGUGAUGCUUUAGGCACUGUAAAUAUUAAUGUUGACAAUUUAGUACCUGCAAGCAAAUAUGAUAAGCAGCCAGCACCUAGCAUGAACCAACUUGCUGGUGGAAAUGUGAAUGCUAUGAACAUGAACAAUCUUGCCAUGGGAAUGCAACAGAUGUCUCUCAAUCAGCCAAUAUUAGGUCCCAGUUCUCUUCCUGCUGUGGUAAGUCCCAUUACAUCUAACGUAAUGAUGAACAACAUUAUGUCACCUCCUGGUGUGCCACUUCAGAGGCCAUUGUUUAACAGUCCAGGAAAUCUUGGAAUAUAGUGUUGACAGAUAUUUAUGUAAUGAGUGAAGCUAAUACAAAAAGAACUCACAUGACAUGAAAGUCCAGCCGAUGAAAUCUCAUAAAUUAUGUGUAAUAUAUGACAUGGAAAUAUCCAGUACAAUCUGUACUUACCAGUUAAGUGUUGGAUGUCUAGCAGAUCAUUUGUAUAAAUUUGCUAAUUUGAAGUGGAAGAGAGACACUUUUUAUGGAGACUUCAGCAAAAUGAAAGUUUUAUUUGGAAGUUUGUACAGACUUGAGUAACUAGGUCACGACAUUUGUUUUACUGUGAACUUAAAUUUAUGAAUGCCUUUUUAUCUGUUAAUUAUAUUGUUAUAUGGUAGCUGGGAAAUAUAAAAAGUGUUAAAUAAUCCAGAUUAUUUUCAGCAAACUGGCUUUGUUUCAGAUAGUUUCAUUUAUAUUUUAUUUUUAUUUUUUUUUAUCAGCAGAACUCUCAAGUUAAAGCAAUUUUUUUAUAAAGAAUAAUCACAAUUAUUGAAAUAUUUUAGCUUGUUGUAGGCAUUCAUAGUUACUUCAUUUUUGUAUACACAAGAUUUAAUUUAGAAGACUGGACUCAAAUCACUUGCAAGCUUGGAGAAAUACAGAAAAUUACAUUGUUCAAACACUUUUGUUUUAGAUAGAUAUUAGGAGUAUUGAAAUCUUAUAAUACAUGAAGCUUUGAAUUAAAACUGUUUUCUAUAAAAUAUAGCAAUUUGAAAGUAUUCUGUUUGAACUUUACUGUGCACUGGUAAUAUUAAAUAUGGCACAUUUUCUUCUGCUUUUAAAUUUUUCUUCUUUUUUCCUGAAUAUUCAAAAUUUAUAUGCAAAAAAUGUGUUUCACUAACUAUUAUGUCUAAGUGUAAAAUUAAACUUUUGGCAUUAAUAAUGAAGUAUGAAUUAGUAACACACACGUCAAUAAAAGAAAGCUUGCCACUAGAAUAUAUUUGUUUUCUCUUUUGAUGUAUUUGGUAUUCUGACAGUUGGUUGUGUAUUAUCUUCAGUGAAUUGUAUGUAUUUUAAAAAUCAUUUUUUGUUUUGAUUCUAAUUUAUUAUAUUUCAUGUUUAUAUGAAUGAAAAUAUCUUGUUCUAUAGAUUUUGAAAUUAAUUCUAUACUUUGCUCAAUUUUAGAGGAAUUAACAUUUCUGUCUGACAUACUGUUAAUGUUCUUGUUUCUUAUGUUGCAUUUUGCAGCUUUAUUUAUUAAAUUCCAUAAAAUGUGCAUGUAUAAUGCACAGUCUGAAAAAAUUUCAGUAAAAUGGUAUAGGCUUAUUGAGCCUCCUGCUCUUGUUCCAAGGGACAGCCCAAUAAAUCUAUUUUGUAAUUGGUUUAUCCUUCUUUGUUCCUUUUUAAAGUAAAAUUUAUGACCUGAGCUUGAGUAAAAGAACAGGGUAUAUUUGUGUUGUUCAUUAUUAUUCUUGCGUUAAUAUCGCAUUUCUUUGUAUCAUGAUAAAUUGUAAUAUUAGCAAUCUAAUAGAGCCUUAUUUAGAAUUGAAAUUAAAAAUUUGUUACAAUUAAUUGUCUGUUAGCAAGUAAUAUUUUAUAUAUGUUAUUUGUGUGUUCCAUUUUUAUGUUAAAUGAAAAAAACCUGAAGAUUAUUGUUUUUAAAAAUAUGUAAAAUUAGAAAAUUAAUUUCUUUGAGCAUUUUGCAGAAGUUAAAAUUCUCCUAGGAGAGUAAUAAUUUAAUGGCUGUACUUAUCAGUAAAUUUAUCUUUGAUAAAUAAAUGUUUCUCCAUUUCUGUUAUGCAUGUCGGAGACAGCAGCUGUAAAAUGUAAUUAUGAAACAGCAAAUGCAUUCAUGGGAUUUAGAGGGUUUUUUUUAUUAAUGCUUGUAAUUAUGAAUAUAAAUGUGUAAAAAUAAUCUAUUCUGCAUCAGCUAAAACCAUUAAUCUUCUAAAAAUGCUUUUAUUUAGGUAUCAACAGGUUCUAGUUCCACAUAAUUUGCUUUUGCAGAGUUUUUGUUGUAGAUGUUAUUUCAUUUAUUGAUCUUUUUAUUGCAUAUCAAUAAAGGUGAAUAUUUGGUUAUAA